GGUUGGCAUUGGGUUUUGAGGCAGAUUUGAAAGUGUUUUUCUUGUUCACUGAAUAUAUUUUAAAAAAUAGUUUAGUAUUUUAAGGAGUUGGGCUUAAAAGAGCCUGCUAGCAUGGUGCCACUUGCUUAGAUGCCCAGGCAGGCAAAUUUUGCUUUAUUUCCAAGUAGGUAUGCACAGCAAUGGCCUUGUUUUUUCUCAGCAAGGAAGGAAGAGUUAGAAAACGCAAAGCCGUUUUACUGAUGCACACUGGAAUACAGUAGUGAGCCGCUAAGAACUGUUUUAGUGAUCCACUUAGUAGCGAGCCAUUGAGAUCUUUUGGUAAGCAUGUCGAAGCGCUUCUCCUGAUCCCAGUCUGCCAAAUCCUUGUAAACAGAAUCUGCGGGAUGGCAUUACCUUGAACUGAAUACAGCGUCAACAUAAUGCAACUGCUAGCCAGUGUUGAGAAGCAAGAUGGUCCAUGCCGAAGCAUUUUCACGUCCCCUGAGCAGGAAUGAAGUGGUCGGAUUAAUUUUCCGAUUAACCAUAUUUGGUGCUGUAACAUAUUUUACCAUUAAAUGGAUGGUUGAUGCCAUUGAUCCCACCAGGAAGCAGAAAGUAGAAGCUCAGAAACAGGCUGAAAAACUAAUGAAGCAAAUUGGAGUGAAGAAUGUCAAGCUUACCGAAUAUGAAAUGAGUAUUGCUGCACAUCUUGUAGACCCACUUAGCAUGCACGUAACCUGGAGUGAUAUUGCAGGCUUGGAUGAUGUUAUUACAGAUUUGAAAGACACUGUCAUUUUGCCUAUCAAGAAGAAGUAUUUGUUUGAGAAUUCUAGGCUCUUACAACCACCAAAAGGAGUGCUCCUCUAUGGCCCUCCUGGCUGUGGCAAAACGCUGAUCGCCAAAGCUACAGCAAAGGAAGCGGGAUGUCGAUUUAUUAAUCUCCAGCCUUCAACACUGACUGACAAAUGGUAUGGAGAGUCUCAGAAACUGGCUGCUGCCGUCUUCUCCCUUGCUAUAAAGCUUCAGCCAUCCAUCAUUUUUAUCGACGAAAUAGAUUCCUUCUUAAGAAGUCGAUCGAGUUCUGACCAUGAAGCUACAGCUAUGAUGAAAGCUCAGUUCAUGAGUCUGUGGGAUGGACUGGACACCGAUUAUAACUGCCAAGUGAUAGUAAUGGGAGCCACCAACCGUCCGCAGGAUCUUGACUCUGCCAUCAUGAGGAGAAUGCCAACCCGCUUUCACAUCAACCAGCCUGCCCUGAAACAAAGAGAAGCAAUCUUGAAGCUUAUUUUGAAAAAUGAGAAUGUGGACAGGCGUGUAGAUCUCCUCGAAGUUGCUAAAGAGACUGACGGCUUCUCGGGCAGUGAUCUGAAAGAAAUGUGCCGGGAUGCAGCACUCCUCUGUGUCAGGGAAUAUGUUAAUUCUGCCUGUGAAGAAGAGGCCCAUGAUGAAGAUGAAAUUCGGCCUGUGCAGCAGCAGGAUCUCCACAGGGCGAUUGAGAAGAUGAGAAGAUCGAAGGAUGCCACGCUACAGAAUGUUUUGAUGCACGUUAGUUUGGAUUAAGAUAACAAAGCGUUUGCAGUUUCUGAUGUGAUCUAGCGUGACUUCUAUAAUCAGUUAGCAAAACCAAUGUCAGAGUGGGAGCGAGGAUGUUCCUUGGGUAAGGGAAUUCUGUUUCUGCGAUUUUUUUUAUACAACAAAUUCUAAGUUAUUGAAAUUUCAUCGUGCACAGCUAGAAGUGUAACAGUAGCUCACAAAGUGGAACAAUUAUAGCCCAGACCAAGAGCAACUGCCUGUGUCUUGUCCCAUAACGGAUGCACUGUGUAGCCUUAACGCGGGUUCUGAUGCGUUGCGUGGGUUCGGUGGGUCACUGGUGUGCAGGGGAGACGAUCCAUUACCAGUUUGUGUAUAUAUGUAGGAGCGUGGGUGUAUGUAUGAAAUGUAUAUAUCCACACAUUUUUUUUAUAUAUAGACAUAAUCUGUAGAUAACUGGAGUAUGGAAAAAUCUUUUCUACGUACUGAGUCAAACCAAAUCAGCGGAUGUAUAGAUUAAAGAUUUGUUGAAACUUGAUUCACAUUUACCUAUUCCUUUUAGCAGCAAAUACGAAGGUAGAAAUUCUGCUUCUAGAAUAACUUUUGAGCAAAAUUUGAAAUAUUACUGAUUUUUUUUUUCCCAUGACCACUUGAAAUCUGGUGCCAUUUAGUAAAGAUAGUAAACUGCUGUACAACAUUUGAAUACUUUUCAUUUUGUAUGAAUUCUGCUUUUUGAGACUUUGAAAAUGAACGCUGUUUUUAUUUUCCCCUUUGAUGUGUGAGUAAUUAGAGUAGAAUCAACUGGUCUUUCGUAAAGCCCCACGUACUAUGAGCUCUCUGGAACUGUGGCUUUCUGAUCUGUUAUGCACUGCACCAAGGGCUUGCUGCUAUUUCAUCUCCUCUGGAAGACCCACUGCUCCACCGUGGCCUUGUUCCGGGAAGCGUCGGGUGCUGAGUGCCGAGGAAGGCAAGGAUGUUUUGGGAUGUGCUGCUUUGUCCCGUGCUCUGAUCUGCAGAACUGAAGAGGAGGGGAACGGGGUUCAGGUUUAUAAAUGUGAUUUAGCAAUGUACUGAUUACAGUAAGUUCAUGUAACGUUAUGUAAUGAUAAAGGCAAAGAGUUAAACAUGUAAGUGGCAGAAGUGUUUUGGUAAAGUUAUUGUCAGUAGGUUUUCAAUAACUUUUGCUUUUUCUUCUUAGAAUAUUGUGAAUUAUGAACUCAUUCAAUACAAAUCUGUAAUUGGCCUUGUUCCCCGCCGCGGGCGCUUCGCUGUGCCCCAGCUCUGCCGCCUGGGGAGGGAAGGAAAGCAAACGGUGUAAAACAAAACGCACUGCAAAGUAAAAUAAAAGCAGCUGGAGCCAGCCAGCCGAUGCGCUCGAGUGC